UAGAGUACAUUUUACAUUUGAGUCAUUUUGCAGACGUUAUUAUCCUGAGCAAUAGUGCUUACAUGUUCAUACUUCUUCCCCCCAAGAAUCGAACCAACAACCUUGGCGUUAAAAGCGUCAUGCGCUUCCAACUGAGCUACACGGGACCAACUGACAGACCAUGAGAGCUUCUCAACUUCAAACAUAUAACUUUACAAAAGACUGCGAUUAUCGCCGAACUCUCCCGCGUCAUGUCAUUAAUCAAAUCAUGUUCGAUUUACGUCUCGCCAAUUUCACAAACGUAGAUGGUUGUUUCAUUGAAAGUGAAGUCAAUUGAAAGUUGAGUUAUCUAUUACGUUACUCUGUAUAUUAGUUAGUUCGCACCAGCCAGCUAAAACUGCAUGUGCCACAUGAGGAAAUUAUGCAAAUUGAAUGUGCUGUUUUACUCAGUUGGGUGAUAUUGCUGAAUAUACCCUGCCUACACGAACACGCGCAGCUACAUUGAUUAGCACAUCACCUUUUCAAUGUGAUGUCGGUGGCUAGUCCGGGACGUUGCUGGGCAACCAGACAUUUUCAAAACUAGAAUGUGUUUACCCCAACUUCCAUUUUUGGAUAGUUUGCGAAAUUGUAGAUUACACGUUUUCUGUAUCUUGCUAGUUUAUGUUACAUAAUAUCACUGGUACAUGCAACACUGUAUCGGGGUAUCUUUCUAGUCUUUUUUUUAAAUUUCGCCUUGAUUUCCUGCACCUGUGCCUAAUUUGUCCGGAAAAAAUUUGCUGGUGAGUGACUGCCGUUUGUUUACUAACGUUAGCUAAUCAACAACAUUAUUUUGUUCAUGUGUGCUGAUUGAAUACUUUUUGUUAUUGCGAACUGUUUUGUCUUGCUAGCUUGAUAAUGUUGGCCAUAUCUAGCUACUAGGUUUGCUAGUGGAAGUUAUUUUUCUGACAACGUUAGCUAAUGUUCCAGGUUUCAUUAAUUUGUGUUAAUGAUCAAAAGUGUUCUGUUUCAAAUAAUACUUCUGCAUGUGACCCAACAGCCAGAUUUUUAAAAAAUUAUUCAGUCUUUUCUGUGCACCUAGCAUUCCACCUCAUGAUGAGCCAUCUACAUGGCAGAGCCUUAACAGAGAAGCAGAAUGUCCUGCAUGUUUUUAGCAAGCACUUCAAGUCUACAGAUAAAACCUGUAGCCCAACCAACAGAUCCACUCCACACUGCUGCUCUUCAAGCCAUACCAAGAACACAGAAGCACAAAACAGCCAGACGAACAAGACUAAACGACUAAAAACACGCAAGGAGAGGAGACAGGUAAGCAGAGGAGGAUCAAAUAGCAGAUCCCACCAGCACCAAAGCAGCAAAGAGAAGGACCACUGUCAUGGUUGCUGCCAAAGCUGCUCUCGCCAUCCUCCACGGAGAGAUGCGCCAUUAGCCCGCGUCUUCCCCGCUGGGCAAGAGCCCAGCAUCAUCACGAACAACCGUCUCAUCGGCCACCAUGGCCUGUUCAACCAUGAGGUGAAGUCCAUCGACAUCGAGCGCCUGCUGAGUGAGCAGAGGAAGUUGGAGAAGCUUGGGCAGCGCGGGGAACGAGGCAAAACUACUGCUACUCUUCCUCCCCUUCCACCCUCAUCUUCCCUUCCUUUCUCCUCUCCUGGGCCUGAUUCAGAUGUUGGUGAAGUUGCUGUUCCUGACAAUGUUGAGGAGGAUCCAGAUAAAGGGAGAGUAGAAAGAGUAGUAGCAAAGAGUAGUACUAAGGCCAACAAGUGUGAUGAGUAUAGGUCUAAUUCAGAAAGCAGACUUUUUAAGUGUUCUCAUGGGGAUACACAAGAGGAUUUCAGAAGAAAAUUCACAUCUAUUCAGGUUUGUCUGGAGAAGAAUGUAGCCAGUCACUCUAACAGACAGGAGUCUGGUAUCACACCAGGACAGACACAUCAUAGCGGUCUGACAUCAUCAGAGGGCGGCGUAGUUACCCUAUCAUCAACAGAGAGUCCCUCACGUGUGGUUCGAAACAAGAGCAAGGGGCCCAGGCCUGUAGUCUGUGAAACACUGUUGUCACCCAGUGGAAAGAAUGAAAAUGAGAGACCACCUGACACAAGGGCUGAGGUUAAGCCUGUUGUCCUUACCAUGGAGCAGACCCCCAAAAACCAUGGACCUAUUCUCCCACACACACAGCCAUUCAGGCCCAGUCCAAACAUCACAAUGUCUUCCUUCUCAGCAAGAUGUGGACGCAGUGAGAGCUCAGACAAUCAGAUGCAGCAAACUGUCACCAACCCUGUCAGUGUGGUAGCUGCGCGUCUGUGCAGGUCUCUGCAGCUGCCACUGCUCCGCAGGAGACACCUUGUGGCGGAAAGUAGGGAGGUGCUGCUGCAGGCCCUACGGGAGAGGCACGGGCUCCAGCUGCAGGAGAACCUACUCAAUGUGCAGCGACGUCUCAGCUUCGGUACAGGACCCACCACAACCAGGGCCGGGCUGGGGCAGAGCACAAUCCUGGAAGGCGUAGGUGCAUAUGGAGGCUGGCCUGCAGCUCCAUUGGGUGGUGGUUUUGGAGAGAGCAUGGUGGAGCAUCUGUGCCUGGACGCCCAGAGGUCAGCCCCCAACAAGAGGAGGAGGAAGCAGCUAUGCCCCAACAGAAUGACCCCUCCUCAGCCCCUCAUUGGGUCGCAGAACAGCCUGGACACGGCUGCUGCAUGGAACCCCAACCCCAGUGUGGAGCAGGUUGGGGAACUGAUCGGAGAACUACUUAGGCCCGCUUCCUCCUCGCACUUCCUCAUGGACCUCCAGCCCUCUGGUUCCCCCUCUCGCCACCAUGUCUUUGCCCCCCCUCCUUCCUCACCUUGGGCAGCUCAAUCCGGUCUGCCUCAGCCCUGGGAUGACGUAUUCGACAGGGGAAGCAUGAGAGAGUCAACCAGGGUGGAUCACUUUGAGAAUUGGAGGUAUGACCCAGAUUUGAGUUUUCUAAACCAGACCGAAACUGUGAGAGAGAGGAGCAGUGAGCCUUUCUAUCAUGAGAGGAGUAUGCAGUGUUUCCUGCAGUAUCCCACAGGGCCAACAGAGGGACACAGAGACAGACACUUGCCACAGCAACAAGAUCCAUACGACAUUGAAAGAAGCCAUUUUGGUGGUUCUUCCUCAUCCUUUUCUGCUCCUACCCACUAUCCACUAGACAGUCUUCAGCUCCACCCUUUCUAUCGCUUCAACCGUCGCCCCUCAACCAGCCCUGUAAUCUCCAGGUCCCACCUUCCUGACAUGGACUACUAUCCCCCCUCCAACAUGCUGGAGAGUGGCCUGUCCCCUCCUCUGCCACAUGGGUCCCUACCUGCUUUCCCCAGCCCUGAACGCUGGUCUUUCCCCCGAAUGAGACUGUACUGA